GGCCCGCUGUCGGCCAUGCCAGUGUCUCCCCUGCCGGCCUACCUCGAGCGCCUCAGCGGCCACCGGCGGGAAGGCCGGCCUCUUGCUGGGCCGCGGCUCCGCCGUCUCCAUGGCGGUCCCCGCCGCCCGCCGUUUCCUCCGUCUCCGCUUGGACAAGACGCUGGUGAAGCCGCCCUCAGCCGCCGCCUCAGCCUCCAUGGCGGGGCAGCCGUUAAAGCGGGGCGACAGCUGGGGCGCGAGCCCACGUGCCCUCCCUCCUCCCUCAACGGCCUCAACGGAAGGAGACUGGAGGCGGCGGCCGCCCCUUCCGCUUCCUGCCGGGCCUGGAUCGCGGUCGGGCGGCGGCGGGGCGGGAUGGCGGCGGGUCUGGACCGGCCGCAGGUGGUGUCUCACGCCCAGCAGGCGCUGAACUACACCCUCUUCGACUGCAAGUGGGUGCCCCGCAGCGCCCGGCUCCUCUGCCUGGGCAGCACGGCGCGGGGCAGCGGCCUGCUCCAGCUCUACGAGCUGCGGGGAGGGCGGCUGGCGCUGCUGCGGGAGAUUGAAAAGGCUAAACCUCUAAAAUGUGGAACUUUUGGGGCGACAUCUCUGCAGCAAAGGUACUUCGCCACGGGAGAUUUUGGCGGAAACCUUAACAUAUGGAAUUUAGAAGCUCCUGAAAUACCAGUGUAUUCUGUGAAAGGUCAUAAGGAAAUCAUAAACAGUAUAGAUGGUGUAGGUGGCUUAGGAAUUGGGGAAGGUGCACCAGAAAUUGUGACUGGCAGUCGAGAUGGAACUGUGAAGGUAUGGGACCCGAGACAGAAAGAUACGCCUGUCGCCAAUAUGGAACCUGUACAGGGGGAGAGCAAAAGGGACUGCUGGACAGUAGCAUUCGGCAAUGCUUACAAUCAAGAGGAACGUGUCGUAUGUGCUGGAUACGACAACGGGGACAUUAAAUUAUUUGACUUAAAAACCAUGUCACUACAAUGGGAGACCAACAUUAAGAAUGGGGUUUGCAGUGUGGAGUUUGACAGAAAAGAUGUAAAUAUGAACAAGCUAGUGGCCACAUCACUUGAGGGAAAAUUCCAUGUUUUCGAUAUGAGAACUCAGCAUCCAACCAAAGGUUUUGCUUCUGUUUCAGAGAAGGCACAAAAAUCUACCAUAUGGCAGGUUCGGCACCUACCACAGAACAGAGAUAUAUUUAUGACGAGUGGAGGAGCUGGAAGCCUUCAUCUCUGGAAAUAUGAGUACCCAUCUCGGCGCUCAAAGAAGGAUUCUGAAGGAGCUGAGAUGGGGGUGGCAGGUUCACUCAGCCUCUUGCAGAAUGUGACUCUGUCAACGCAGCCGAUUUCUAGCCUAGACUGGAGCCCUGACAAAAAGGGACUGUGUGUUUGUGGUGCCUUUGACCAAACUGUGAGGGUGCUGAUAGUUACCAAGCUUAACAAAGUUUGACAGGAAAACUAGAAUUUCUGACGAGAACGCAAUAUAGCUUGCAGCCUGUAAAUACAGAAGGGAUAGCCCUUCUGUUUCUAAUUUAAUUUCUCCCAUAUUAAAACUGGAUUAAAGAAAUAGAAACCAGAUCUUUCUAUUGAAAGUUCAGAUAUAUGCUGUUAGAGUUGUUUGACUGUGAGGCUUCCUGGGCACAAAACUCUUACCUUCUAGAAAUGUGAAUUUACAUUUGAAAUAAAAUGUGCCUUUGUGUUAACGCAAUCUAUAAUUUCAGAAAUCACUUUAAAUUAUUUGUGUUCAGUUUAAUCACAGUGCAAAUCUGUUCAUACUUGUUUAAUGGUGUGGCUUUUUUAUAUAUAGUAUUGUCCAUAUGCGUGCAUGUAAUGGUAACUACUAUAUAUUACCUCACAGAAACUCGUUGUGUUAUUGGCUCUAUCAAUUAGAAUUUUGUUAAAGUGACUCUGUAAUACACUAUAGAAACUAUAAUGAAUGCUGAAAUAUUCAGGUUUAAUGGAGUAAGCUUUUUAUUGAAGAGUGUAUUGAAAUUGAACUAUUGAGUAAAAUGCACUGUUUUAUUAUUUUAGUUUGGUUUCAUAACAUGUUUUUAUGUUCUGUUGUUUUUCUAUCUGUUUGUAACUUGGUAUUCUACAAAUAAAAUUACAUGGAGUGUUGUCUUAAUACAAACAAAGUAUAUUAUUCAAACAUCCAGAGAGUGAAAGAAUGAAUGUACUUGUAUAGGUUUACAAGAACAGUGUGCAGUACUUAGAUAAAACUUCCUCUUUUUGCAGCAAAAGUUUCUAAAAUUUAACUCCAUUGUGAAAAACUUGAUAAGGUACUUAUUUUUUUUUUUAACAUCGAUUCAGCAUUUCUUCAAAACCCAGUAUGACAGAGUAGCUUCGUUACUGUAGUUUCACCUGAACUUUUCUUGUAAUUACCCUUAUCUGCACUGUGUUUCUUUUCUGAUUUUACCAGUGUGUGCUGCUGCCAGUUUUUAGCAGGCACAUCCUCUAUUUGUGGAUGUAUGGUGGGAGUCUUCUUAAUUUCAGUAAGCUCUAAUGAUUUCAUUUGUCACUUCUUUGUCUGGUAUUUAGCUUUCAGGUGACUUGUAUGUGCAUAUGCAAAUUUCUAGUAAAAGCAUUUAACUACUUCUGAA